GGGUAAUUAGAGGAACAAGCUUGAACCCGAUGUAUUUAUUUGUCGUGAAGAUGAGAGAUGCGGUUUCUGCAGCUUCUGAACAAACGAAUAUGGUUAGAGUUUGAAAGGAUGAGACAGCCCAGAAAAUUUAUUUUGGCACUUACCAGACCCCAGACGUUAAAAACCCUCUGUCAUGGCAGUAUGUUCUUAAUUGUUCUACAUUAUCUUAUCAAGUUUGAACAAAUAAAAGAAAACGGAGCAUUUCAUGACAUUGACAUUCCAGUGGAGCCCGACUUUGUGCCUUUAGGAAUAAGGGAUCCAGAGGCUUUUCCAACAGAUGGUGAUGAAAGGAUUCCUCGUAUUAUUCACCAAACUUGGAAAAAUGAGGAUAUUCCUAGUAAAUUUUCAAAGUGGGUUCAGACAUGGGUAAAAAACCAUCCAGACUGGACAUAUUAUUUGUGGACAGACAUAAGUGCAAGACAGCUCAUUCAAGAAAGGCAUCCACAUUUGUUAAACACCUUUGAUAGUUAUACUGAAGGGAUAAGAAGAGCUGAUGCAUUGCGAUAUGUAAUAAUGUAUGAAUUUGGAGGGAUUUAUGCCGAUAUGGAUUUAGAGAGUUUAAAAUCUGUUGAACCUUUUACAAAGAAAUAUGCAUGCUUUGUAUCACAAGAGCCAUACGAACAUCCUCUUCUAGAUGGAAACUUUGAGAAUUUGGUGAUAAAUGCAAUAAUUGGUUGUAGACCAAAACAUCCUUUCAUGAAGAAAUUGAUGGACAGGCUGCCAUCUUUCCAUCACAUGUGGAAUGUCCUGGAUAGCACUGGACCUCAUUUUGUAACACUGGUAUACAGAGAUUUCAAGGGAGAAUACUCUUACCCAGACACACACGUGAAUGGAACUUACUUAGCUCCAGCUGAGUAUUUCUUUCCAACAAUUGAUCCUGCAAAGUUUUUCCAUUUUUACAACCAAUGCAAGAGAUGGAUGCACCUUGGUGAAAAACAAAAGAAAGCAUGUAAAACACUUAAAAUUUUAGGAGCAAAGAGAAAACCUCUGCCAUUUUCUUUCACAGAUCAUCACUGGGAGCACACCUAUAUUGACCUCAGACUCUCUUUGAAAGGACCAGUAAACAUCCAUACUCUAAUACCAAAUGCUAAAAUAUACAAACCAAAUGCUAGUGUGUAGCAGUCUUGGAUUUAUAUAUCAGAGCCACAGCCAGAAAAACUUUUGUUUAUAUGUACAUCUUCUUAUUUCAUUUGCAGGUUUAGCUGUUAAUUUCUUUCAUCCUUGGAUCUAAGUCAUAAAAAAUUCAAAGUAACAAAUGAAUCAAAUCUUAAUUAUUUAUUUCAUCAUAUGGUUACACCAGAAAGUAAGUGCACACCAGGGAAAUCUGAGUUAUUAAACUAUCAAAUAGGGCAAAAGGAUGAUGUAAAAAAUAUGAAUAAUGAGUUUUUUGGACAAGCAUUUAUGAACAUACUCAAAAAAAAAAAAUUAAAUCUAUUGCACCUAUCCCUUAAAAGGCCCCUCUUAUAGUGGAAUUUUUAGUAAACUUUUUUUUUUGUCAUGGUGCAAAUACUAGUAAAAUCUUCACUGGGGUAAGUAGCAA